CGCGCGUCUCCUAAAAAGCGUCCCCCCGGGUACAUUCUUCCGGUAUCCUGCGUCCCGGGAGGCCGAGGCUGGGCUACUAGGUUCCGGUACCGGACAAGACCCGGAGCUGCUGCUUUGGUGAGAUUCAGCAUAUUGACUGUUUAAAGUAAGAUGUCUUUAAAUACAUCUUCAUUUUUGAAUCAAGAAAGCCAUCAGAAAUCAAAAAGAAAUUUUGAAUGUCUGAAAAAUUCACAACAGACUACUUUACUUCAAGAUAACCCACUUCAAAAUUUACAGUUAGCAUCCUGGGAAGUUCUUGAAAAAGCCCAAAAGAGUGGGAGAUCAAAGUGCCCAAGAUGUGGAAGUUCAAGGAUGUUUUAUUGUUAUUCAUGUUAUGUUCCAGUUGAAACUGUGCCUACCAAAGAAAUUCCAGUUGUGAAGCUUCCUUUGAAGAUUGACAUAAUUAAACACCCAAAUGAAACUGAUGGCAAAAGCACUGCUGUACAUGCUAAACUCCUAGCAUCUGAAGAUGUUACCAUUUAUACAUAUCCUUGCAUACCAGAAUAUGAAGGAAAAAAACAUGAAAUUGCACUUGUCUUUCCUGGUCCUAACUCAGUUUUGGUAAAAGAUAUUACUCUCCAUUUGCAAAAAAAUGUUGAAAAAGUUAGUUGCGACGAUAAUGAUGAUUCUUCAGCAGAGCCAUUACUCAAGAAAGCAAAAAUAGAAACAAAAGAAGACAGAAAGUUAGGUGAAUGCAAAUUAAAUAUUAGGAGUGAAGACACUGUACUGAAGAAAGUAAUAUUUAUUGACAGCACUUGGAAUCAAACCAACAAAAUAAUCACUGAUGAGCGACUUCAAGGGAUGCUGCAAAUUGAGUUGAAAACAAGGAAAACUUGCUUUUGGCGUCACCAGAAAGGAAAGCCAGAUACGUAUCUUUCUACAAUUGAAGCCAUUUAUUAUUUUUUUGUGGAUUAUCACCAGGAGAUUUUAAAAGAGAGCUACAAAGGACAAUAUGACAACCUGCUUUUUUUCUUUUCAUUUAUGUACACGUUGAUAAAAAAUGCCAAAAAUUCUUCAGGAAAAGAGUAAGCCAAGAUAUCUAUGUGGCUGAAAAUAGCACUAUGUUUGUUUUUCUUUAAUUUUGAUAAAGAGCAGAAAUACAGUGUUUUGUCAAAAUGACAUUUAAAAGUUCAAUUAUUAAACAGUGCAUUAUACUCUGAA